AUGGAAACACUAGGAGUUAAAUUCCUAUCUCUCUUUAACCGAAGCUGCCAUAUCGAGGCCUUCCUCCCAACCUUCCCGGAUACCCAGUGUGCAAAGUGCCUCGAAUACGGCCACCGCCAAGAGAAAUGUAAGAAUAAUGGGAAAUGCGGCCACUGCGCCGGAGAUCACCUAUAA